UUAUUCAACGUCUGCAUUGACUAUUCAUGCUGCAUGUCUUACAAUAAUAAAAUUGGCACGUCGUUUGAACUUGAACAAAAGUGGAAUCAAAGAAUUAUUAGAUAGCUUAAGGUCAUUAUUACCAAUGAAUGCCAAAUUACCACGAACCGUUCUAGGAUUAAUGCAAAUUAUUGGUGUGGUAAAUUCAAAGAAAGUUUCAUACUACUGUCGUGAACGUUUAUCUCGUUUAAUUACACCACAACAAACCGACUGUUCAUCCACGUGUCCAUUGAAUAAUUUACGUCGUCCAUUGUAUAUUUUCUAA